AACCUGGUUUAACUGGUUGGAUAGACCUCUGUUUCUUAUCAUCAAUUCAUCGCCACCUCCGUUGAAGACAAUGAUUACAUUCUCCUUAAAUACCAGAAUAAGUUGCUCAAAGUAUUCGUCUCCUUCUUCUCCACCUGGAGGUAGACAAUCUAAAUACUCUGGUCAAGCUGUGAGAGCACUUCCAAUAAGAAUACUAACAGUAGGACGAAAAAGAUCACAAGGAGUACAGUUGUUGGUAGAUGAGUACAAAGAUAAGCUCAAGUUGUAUUGCAAUUUUGAAGACAUUCUUAUACGUUCUAAUCCAAAAAACACCAGCAAUGUGAAGGCUCAGAUUGAAGGUGAAGAUGCACUGGUAAUGCAGCAUAUUAAGUCUGGAGACUGGGUUGUGUUGCUAGACGAACAUGGACUAGACAUCGGGUCUGAGCAAAUGGCUGACAUGGUGGGAGAUGCAGGAAACUCAGGGUCAUCAACGCUAUCAUUUUGCAUAGGUGGACCUUAUGGGCAUGGUCGGCAAGUGCGAGAACGUGCUAACGUAACAAUCAAGUUAUCCUCUAUGGUUUUGAAUCAUCAAAUUGCGCUAGUAGUCCUGCUUGAACAACUCUAUAGAGCAUGGACUAUACUUAAAGGACAGAAGUAUCACCACUGAUGUGUUCUCUUUUUUAUGUUCUCACGAGUGGAUACAACUCAUGAUCAACAGCCUACAGACGCAGGGAGUUGUGGUUGAGCAUUGAAAUUCACAGAUGCAAAUUGAAGUAUGACUUCCGAGUACAGUUUAAUAAUGGUCUAAGUCAUCUCUCGAGUAGUUCAUCAAAGGUUUGGACUUCAACAACCAGGAUCACAAUUGCAUUUGGGAAUCAAUUUUUGUAUAAACACAGACAUAAUGAACGACCAUGGUUUUAUUUCCAAACAGUUAUUACUGCAGUCUAGCUUGUUAGAAACAUACCACCAAGCAGAGAAGUCUUACCAUUUCAUUGGGAAUCACUCGAAUUUUUGUAACCUCUCAUGAAUGCUUAGACAUUGAAGAAUGGCUCUCUUGAAGUUAAGGAAAUUUUUUCUUUUGUCUCCA